AAAAUAAUCUCAUCAGCUGAUCUGACCUGGCGACAAAAUAAUGUAGCGAGUGAGAUCUGUAAGGGAGGGGACCUGCGAACAAAAACAAUGACAAGGCUCGGAUGGAUUUUGCAAAACAGCUCCACUUUUUAAAGACUUUUUAAGCGACGUCGUAAGGAUCCGUUCCGGCUUGAUGGUGUCCACUGUUAUCGGAGCUCUUUGACAUCGAUUGACUGCAGUUUUGUUGAUGUUUUCAAGUAUAUGUCGCUAGCUGCUCAUUUUUUUGGCUGCUGCUACUGCGAGGAUCGCUUACUCAAAAACGACGGGCUUGAUUUAGACAAAGCCCCAACACGCACAGAACCGCUAGUUUGAAGGAAAGCGUUUCCUGUCUGGAUGCCACAGAAUUAUAUUUGUCGUUUUAACCGGGGAGCUAUUUUUUAUGAUUAAGGGCCAGUCUGGUAGCUAGCUAGUUGUUACCUUGAUUUGCACAUUUCAUUAUUCACAAGGAAGAGUUUUUGGUCUGCUGACGGUUUCGUACACAUCUUUCGCCUUUGUUUUUCUUGACUAUCGUAACUUCAUUUGUGUGUGUUUGUGUUUAAUGGUAACUUUGAGGAACAAACAAGCUAACUGCUUGUUGCAAGUCAGGUCUAUUCUUUGUGGUUACACUAGUAGCAAAUGGAUGUCGGUAUAACAAAUUGUUAUAUGCUUUAAAUGCACGCCAGUUAAAAUAACUUAUUUUGUUGUGCACAAAACAACAUUACCCUUGUGAGAAUGCAGCUAAUUUAAGUUGACUUCGUAUUUUACAGUAAUUUAGCCAGUAUUAUCACAGUGCUGUCGGAAAUAGCUGGUGCUACAGUUAAAAGCAUUUCAAAAAGGCAGUCAGCUGUAUUUUUAAGGUGACAGAAACGAUGAGUGGGCAUGGCUCAUCAUCUUCUGAAAAGGGAGUCAAUACAAGUCGAACAUGUCAAGAGAGUUAUGUCUGUGGUGGCUCUGAGCAGGCCGCUUUUGAUUGUCAAGAGUGCAGCACCUUGCAGUGUGUUCGUUGUGAUCUCGAGCUUCACAAUCAAAAGCGCUUCCAGAACCAGGAGCGCCUCCAGAUAAACCCGGGCCACGUCCCUUACUGUGACAACUGCAAAGGAGGGGACAAUGGAAAGCGCAGCAGAUCAGUCGUCCGUUGCCAGAACUGCAAAGUGAACUUGUGCCAAGAGUGUCAAAAGCGCACUCACAGCGGAGGGAACAAGAAGAAACACCAGCUCAUAUCGUAUCUUCUGCCACCGAAACACACGGAGCUCAAGUUUGUUCAAGCUUCUGUUCAGCCUGCUGUCCAAAUCGCUGAUGAGCAAAAGUCACUGAAGGCAGAACUCCUGGAAAAUGUGUCCAGUUUCCUCCUUGUUGAUGAAAAUGAGGAAAUGCAGAUAAAAGAUGAUGUCGCAUUUGUGAAGAAGCUGAACUGCGGCGCCAGCCAGCUCCUGAAAGUGGUGUCCAUCUUUGGUAACACCGGAGAGGGCAAAUCCCACACCCUCAACCACACCUUCUUCAUGGGCAGGGAGGUGUUCAAGACUUCCCCCACACAGGAGUCCUGCACGGUUGGCGUGUGGGCGGCCUUUGACCCCUUCCAUAAUGUAGUGGUCAUUGAUACAGAGGGGCUGCUGGGGAACAGUUCCAAACAGGGCCAGAGGACCCGUCUCUUGCUCAAGGUGCUCGCCAUCUCUGACCUCAUCAUUUACCGCACCCACGCAGAUCGCCUCCAUGAUGACCUCUUCAAAUUUCUUGGAGACGCCUCGGAAGCCUAUUUGAAGCAUUUCACCAAGGAACUGAAGGCCACCACGGCUCGUUGCGGUCUGGAUGUUCCUCUCUCUACUUUGGGUCCCGCAGUGAUCAUCUUCCAUGAAACUGUCCACACAAAGCUUCUUGGCAACUCGCACGAAUCGGUUGACCGGCUGUUGUUGGAGCGUUUCAAAAAGGUUUCCCGUUUCCCGGAGGCCUUCAGUUCUGUUCAGUACUGGGGCACGCAGACUCUCACUCCGCCCACUGACUUCUGCGGCCUGCAGAAUAAACUGGAGCAGCUCCUGGACAACAAUGCCACGCGUUCUCCACGCACGCCUGUGGUCAUCUUCAAAGCCCUGCUGGCGUUAAGUGAGCGCUUCAGUGGGGAAAUUGGAGACGAGCUGGUCGCCCACAGUUGCUUCUUCCCUGAUGAGUACUUCACUUGCUCCAGCUUGUGCCUCAGUUGUGGAUCUGGUUGUAGGAACAGUAUGAACCACCUCGGAGAAGGAGUCUGCCAUGAGGCAAAGCAUCGAUGUCGCUAUUCAGUUCAGCAGGAUAACCGCAUUUUCACCUGUAAAGCUUGUUAUGAAGGCGGCAAAGAAGUGAUUGUCAUCCCGAAGACCUCAGCUUCCUCGGACUCACCUUGGAUGGGCCUCGCCAAAUAUGCCUGGUCAGGGUAUGUUAUUGAAUGCCCCAACUGUGGAGUGAUCUAUCGGAGCCGUCAGUAUUGGUAUGGGAACCAAGACCCAGUGGAUACAGUAGUCCGCACCGAGAUCCAGCAUGUUUGGCCAGGGUCGGAGGGCUUUUUAAAGGACAACAGCAAUGCAGCGCAGCGACUUUUGGAUGGAGUGAAUUUGGUGGCCCAGUCUGUAUCGGAGCUCAGUGUCAAGCCUGCUAAGGCCGUCACCUCCUGGCUGACAGACCAGAUCGCCCCCACCUACUGGAAACCCAAUUCUCUUAUCUUGCUUUGCCAUAAGUGUCAAGCGGUUUUUCUGGAGAAUGACACCAAGCAUCACUGCCGUGCCUGUGGUGAAGGCUUCUGCGAUGGAUGUUCAUCCAAAGCUGCCCCCGUCCCCGAACGCGGCUGGGGUCUCGGCCCUGUUAGAGUUUGCGAUGUAUGCUUUGAGCAGAGAGCCUUACAUGCAGCUCACGAGGAGGAGGAGGAAGGCGGAACACUUGCCAGGAAAGUUGGCGAGGCAGUGACCAACACCAUAGGGGUUGUCGUCACCGCUAUUGACAUCCCACUUGGCCUGGUGAAAGAUGCCGCCCGUCCUGCCUACUGGGUGCCCGACCAGGACAUUCUCUCUUGCCACAUCUGCCGACGCGAAUUGACUGCUAAACUGUCCAAGCACCACUGCCGCGCCUGUGGCCAAGGGGUGUGCGACGACUGCUCCCCGGAGCGUCGAGCUGUGCCGUCUCGUGGCUGGGACCACCCCGUGCGCGUAUGCGCCAGCUGCAACCAAAAAGCCGGAGAACUUUAACAGAGAUGAUCUUCAAUUACUCAGUAUAAUUGGACAGAACCGCUCGCUUUGUUGUCAUACCUCUGCUUCUCCAGUGGUCUUGUAUCUGUGGAGAGGACAUGCUUAGGUAUACUGUACGUAGGACACUUAACCAAAUUUGGGAAAGUGAGCGUUCAUGUGGCCUUUGUAGAGCAACCAGAAUCUGUGAGUUACUUGACUGAGAGUGUAAUAUGCAUUUCCACUCUUGAUUAUUCAAUGUGUAUAUUGGAACUCUUAUUGAUACAUGUCCACAUGUGUAUGAUAGAUGGCUGAUGAGCUAUUUUUCUACUAGGAGAAAAUAUUUUUUUUAAAAGUAACAUUUAAAAAAUACUAGAUAGUUGAGAGUGUUAUUAGAUUCCAGACAUUCUUUUAUCAAUGAGUAUUGUCAUAAUGUAUGUGUAAUGGCCAAGAGGUGUUUUAUAUGCGUGCAGGUUACAUUGCAUGCUGUGUUGCAACUUUUUAGUUUUUGCACUAAGCCUUUCUUCAGCUGUUAUAGGUUGUUGCUAACCAUGGCCAAAAUAACAGAUGUCCAAGUUUUGGAUAGAUCUGCCGUGCCAAGUCAUUCGGGUCACUGUGUCCGUGCUGGUAUGAUAUUUAUAUUUUACCAAGUCAGUUGUGGGUGUAUGACGACGUAGAACCGUUUGCAGCUUGGAAAUGUAGUUAUGUUUGAGAAUUGAUGUAAAAACAAAAAACAGCUGUCUGAUAUGCAUGACAAUACAUGAGAGCCUUAUGGUCAUUUACUUUGUUUUUUUUGUGGUUGCUGUUUGAAUGACUUCAUCACUUUUACCAGACAGUAUGUUUAAAAAAAUGUAAUGUGCUCAUUUAGAUUUUUAACGUUAUUAUUGAUGGCUGCUCUAUUUUUGUUUGUUUGUCCCUAAUUCUAAUAAUUUGUCAUGCUCUUUGUCCCUUACAUGUGUAAAUGUUUUCCUAGUUUUUACUGUCUUUGAAAAUAUUCACCUUCCGUACCGCCUGAUCCUCACUAGGGUCGCGGGGGGUGCUGGAGCCUAUCCCAGCUGUCUCCGGGCAGUAGGCGGGGGACACCCUGAAUCGGUUGCCAGCCAAUCGCAGGGCACACAGAAACGAACAACCAAUCAGCCUGCCAUGCAUAUUUUUGGAAUGUGGGAGGAAACCGGAGCACCCGGAGAAAACCCACGCAGGCCCGGGGAGAACAUGCAAACUCCACACAGGGAGGCCGGAGCUGGAAUUCUUUGAAAAUAUAUUUUGCCAUUUUUCACCAACCUGUAUUUCUUUUCUCCAUUUCACAUAUUUAUUUGUUCAUCCUACUUAGACUGCCGCUCGAACAGGAUGAAGUGAUUGAGACGUCAUGUAUCUUGUUUGUUUUGCAUCACAACAUGUACUGUUUCACUACCUAAUACGUAAUGCCAUGGACGCUCAACGCCUUAGAAAGGCUUGACUUUUGUUUUUAAUUUAAGUGAAUGUAACAGUCGGCUACACAUAGACAUUAAAGGGCAAAAAAAAUACGAUACUGAUGACUCUUUGCCCAUUAAAUUCUCUGGUCCAAAAAGGCCUCCUGCGUGACUAGAUUUGACAAAAUGUUGUAUCGCACCCCGACAUGACAUAGCAUUGCGCAGGAUAGAAUCGGAACUACAUCUUGUAUAACUGGAGUUCAUUCCUUUG